CCGUCUCUGCUCUCCGCUGAUAUGAACUUUGGAAGCAAUGAGUUGUAGGCUGUGUCCCUGCCAGGGAAUUCUUGAGUGAUUAUUCUUCUGCCUCCGAAGGUGGACUGCCCUCAUCCCCCGCUUUGUUCUUUUUCCAGGACAACCUAAACGUCUUCCUCAAGGCCUGCGGGAAGCUCGGACUAAAGGAAGCACAGCUCUUUCACCCAGGAGACCUUCAGGACUUAUCAUCAAGAGUUACAGUCAAGGAUCAAGAGACCAACAGGAGGCUGAAAAAUGUAUUGAUCACCAUUUUCUGGCUGGGUAGAAGAGCUCAAAGUGACCGUUUCUAUGAUGGACCUUACCUGAAUUUUAAGGCAUUUGAGGGAUUGCUAGGCACAGCACUAUACAAGGCUCUGCAAGAAUCAUCCAGCCAGAAAGGCAACAACACCCGAGACAGCGGUUUUGGAGAGAGCUGGUACUCAGAGCGAGAGGAGCUCCACCAACUGAGAGGAGAAGAAGACGAAGAAGGAGGAGGAGGAGGCGGAGGCGGACACAGGAGAGACGACUCCCUCGACAGCUUGGACUCUUUAGACUCCAGACCCCUCAGCAUCUCAUCCGACACCACUCUCAAAGGCAGCAGCGAGGGUUGUUGCAGUGACACCGAGGUGGACUCCGUCUUCAAGAUGUCCGAGAACAGGGACGGUAUCAGUUACCGCCGGUCGGCAUCCAUCACACCAAAAGCCACCACGCCGUUUAACCAGUUCCUGCCCACUAAAGACAAACAGUCGGGCUACGUGCCUGCGCCGCUGAGGAAGAAACGGGCCGAGCGCAACGAUGACAACCGACGCAGUUGGGCCAACCCCACAUACUCGGAGGAGGAGGGACCUCUCACCAGACAGGACCAAACUCAAGACAGUAUCGAAGGGAGUAAAUCAACAAGCGAUAUCUUCGAUACCACGCCCGUCGUCAGACAGGCCCGUUUUGAAGAGCUGCAGAAAUAUCGCCAGCAGAUAAAGGAGAGUGACGACAAGUGGCAGGAUGACCUGAGCAAAUGGAAGAGCCGGCGCAGGAGUGUCAAUUCUGAUAUCGUGAAGAAGAAGGAGGAGCGGGAGAAGGUGGAGGAGCUCACCUUCAGCAGCAGCAGCAACAGAAGGUCGAUGACCUUCAAGGAGAUGCAAGAGGAGAGAGAAAAUAAAGGAAAAAGUGUUGGCAGCCGUCUCAAAUCUCUCUCCUACCUCGACGACGACGAGGACGUGUUUGAGAAACCUGUCGCUACCCCUCGUACCCGAAACCUUCCUGCGCGGAGCUACACUAUUGACACUCCUCUGAAAGAAGAAGAACCCCGCGCUGCUUCCCCAGCCAAGGGCCGGGCCGCUUCACCUCGAGUCUCACGGGAAGUUGACAUUGUGGACAGUCCUGCAGGCAGGGACUCCACCACCACAACCACCACAACCACCACCACCACCACCACCACCGCCACCGCCAGAUCUCUACGCAGCUCCCAUUCUCCAGCAGAUACACCUCCACAAAGGAGUCCUGUCAGAGAAUACAGCAGCACAGUCAAAACAGAGAAAACCACAACCGUUCUGCCCUCCUCCAGCUCCACACCAAAAGCGCCCGAGCCAAGGCGCCCAUUGUUGGUCACACAAAGUGCGGUGGAGGCCCCUUCCUCAGGUUCUCUGUACAAAAAACAACCACAGACCAGCUCCAUGGAACCCAAGCCUCCCGGGGUGUCUCGGGUUUCCGCCUCCCUCCCCAGGAGCUACCAGAGAUCGGAUAGCGCUCGUCUAACUUCAGUUGUCGCACCGAGGCCCUUCGGGACCCAGUCGUCUCGCAUCACCUCCCUUCCUCGACCUUUCACAGUGGAUGAAUCCCAAAAGCGUUUGAACGGUGGCGCCGACGUUUCAAAGAAGUCGACAGUGCCGAGCCGUUACCACCAGUUCAUGACCUCGGAGGACGAGGCUCGCUCCCAGUCCAGCUCGGCCCACUCCAGUGAGGACGAGGACGAGGAGGAGGAGGAAGAGGAAGAGAGCAAGGCAGCACCCAAGAGCGUCACCUCCACUCAGAGUGUCACACCUGUCCCUCCUCAGGUCAAAAGUGUCUCACCCGUCUUACCUCUAUUUAAGAGAGAAGCCCCCGUCAGUCCUCCUGCAGCCAAAGAAACCAGCCAGGAGGACUUCUGUGAGAUGCGGAUCAGCUUGAACCAGAAGCCAAACAGCAGCACAGACUUUGGCUUCCAGGCGACGUGGGACUCCACAGGAGCUUGCGUCACAUCCAUCCAGCCAGGUAGCCCGGCCGAGAUGUGCCAGCUGCAGCUGGGAGACAAGGUGCUGGCGGUGAACAGACACCAGGUGGCAGGCAUGAGCUACACAGACUGGAAAUCCUGCAUGGAUGAGGCUCUGCAGGAUGGUAGUCUGAUUAUGGAUAUACGUCGUCAUGGCCAGAACAACUGGGACAGAGAUCAACCUUCCCUGCCAUUUAAAAGCCAUAAGAUCAUCAAUCUGACCAGUUCGGAUCAUCCAAUACUUCUAGGUUCCUCUGACAAAAACAUUGUCAGCCCCAGCCUGGAUUUCACCUCUCGCAUUUCCCCGGAGAAAAUGCCAUCCAAAGAGACUCCCACCCACCAAGUCAUCGAUGUGGCUUCAAACGGCGUUAAUGGAGGUUUCCGCGAGGAGUUGGUGACCAUGAGGAACAAAGAGUCAGAACCCUUAUCUCUGAAAAACUUAAAGCGGAGGUCAGAGUUUUUUGAAACAGGAGGAUCAGAGUCUGUGAUGCCAGAUAUACCCGUUCCUCCCAUCACUACACCCUCCAGUCGCUGGUCCUGGGAUCCAGAGGAGGAGCGCAGAAGACAGGAGAAAUGGCAGAAGGAGCAGGAGCGCCUCCUACAGGAGAAAUAUAAGCGUGACCAGGAGAAACUGCAGGAAGAGUGGCUCAAGUCUCAGGAGGAUAUUACUAAGAGUGGAGACCAACGCCAGCCCGUCAGCCUCGAGGUGAACAGCCACGGCAUCGGCCCGCACUCCCCUCUCUCUCCCAUCAGCCACGCCGUCUCUCCUCCGUGGGAAGAGCAAGAGAGAAAGAGGAAGGAGGAGCAGGAGCGCCAAAGGCAGGCGGAGGAGAGGAGGAGAAGGGAAGAGGAGGAGCGGGAGCUGCAGCGGCUGCAGGAGGAGAGAAAGAGGAGAGAACGGCUGGAGGAGGAGGAGAGGAAGAAGAUGGAGGAGGAGGAGCUGAGAUGGCAGAGGAGGAAGGAGGAGGAGAGAGAGCUGGAGAGGAGGAAGCAGGAGGCUUUGGAGCAGCAGCGCAGGGAGAGAGAGAGGGCCUUCGAGCAGCAGCAGCAGCAGCAGCGGACUGCUGGCUCCUACGGCUUAGAUCAGCGUGCACUGUCCUUUACAGACAGGGCGAAAUCCAGAUCAACUCCCCAGCUUGAUGAAGAGGAGAAACCUCAGAGGAGAGGUGUGCAUGAGCAGCUCGGGGGCAUGGCUCACUGGCUGCUGGAGGAGCAGUUCAGGAGUGCUCGAGACUUACAGGCCCAGAUUGAGCGGGCUUCUUCAGAGCUGGAGCUGGAGAGGAGAGACAUCCUCAAUGCCAUGAGAUACAGAGAGCCAGAGAGAGUGACGGGCAGCGGCGGGUUAGAUAAGAAGGGUCAGCCGCUCUCGACGCACGCCGAGUUGGAGCGGCAGCAGAUCCUGGAUGAGAUGAAGAAGAAGACGCCGCUGCUGACCGACAGCAGCUGGAUCCGCCAGCGCUCUGCUGAACCCUCAGCAAACAAAGACCAGGACAUGUCAUCCAUGCGCAGAGGCGAGUCUCUCGACAACCUGGACACCACCUACAACUCCUGGCGCUCAUCGUGGACACCAAGAAGCAGCUCUUCCAUCCCAAACUACAGCCGCCCUCACUCUGCCCUCUCCGGCGUCACUAACUCUUACCAGGGCUGGUCAGGGUCUCAUAGGUCAGGCUCCUCCACUCUGCCCUCCUCCUACUCCAUGGGCUCCCUGCGAGGUGGCACAGGAAACUCCUCGGCCCCUUGGUCCCGGCAGUCUUCCUCUCCCUCCCUCUCCUCUCUGUCACCCACCACCUCUCCGGAGCCCACGUCGGAGGCAGGCGGCCCUCAGCAGAGGAGCAGGUCAGUAAGUGGAAAGAAAAUCUGUACCUACUGUGACACCGCGCUGGGAAAGGGAGCAGCCAUGAUCAUCGAGUCCCUCGGACUCUGUUAUCAUUUGGGCUGUUUUAAGUGUAUCGACUGUCAUUCUGAACUCGGGGGAUCGGAGGCUGGGGCUGAAGUCAGAAUACGAAACAAACAGCUCUACUGUAACUCCUGCUACAUGCGAUUCAAAACUGGCCAGCCCACCGCUAUGUGAUAUGACCGUGCUCCAGCAGAUUGAUGAAGAAAGUACUUGUGACAACAACCCGUGAACUUUAAAA